GCCUACCUCGAGAUAAACUGCUUACUGCUAUCGGCUAUCUUCAGUUCGGUCGAUUGCUGGGAUGGCCGUUCGGAAAAGGGACAAGGCCUCUUCCCAGUCGAACGAGAAGCAGUCCGCUCCAGUCUGGCACAGAACGAAGAACGAAACGCACAGGCACAAAAGCCUGGGCACUGGAAACAAGACGACCAUCGCCAGACGUUUGCUAAUUGCAUUUUUAGCUUGUACAUUCGGGCUUCUGCAUACAUUUCACGUAGCGAUACUCUUUGAAAAUGAUCGCCACUUUUCCCAUCUUUCAACUCUUGAGAGGGAAAUGACGUUCAGGAGCGAAAUGGGCAUGUACUACUCAUAUUACAAGACGAUUGUGGAAGCCCCAUCGUUUCUCGAGGGCUUUAUGAAAAUCACCCACGACAAUAUCACAGAGUAUCCAUCAGUUAUUAAUACUCUUGAAAGAUUUAACCUGUUUCCAGAAGUUUUUCUAGGCUGUUUGUUCAGAAUUUUUGACUCGGUUUGUGAGAGUUUCGGUAUUGUGGGGAACCAAUGCUGGGAGGUGGUUCGUGGCAACGGCCUCAGCACAGUUUUUUCCUGUGUUGGUAUUCGCCAGCCUGAAUUCUUCUAUCUUCACUUUGUUUGGAUCUGUGCUGGCUUUACGACCAGCAUAUUAUUCAUUUACGGCUUUGUUCUAAGCGAUUCAAUAGUUGGCGGAUUGAUAUCUGUAAUGUGCUUCUUUUAUAAUCAUGGAGAGUGUACGAGAGUUCAAUGGACUCCACCUUUAAGAGAAAGUUUCGCUUAUCCAUUCUGCCUCCUGCAAAUGUUAUGUGUAACAAAAUUUUUAAACGCAAAUAAAGAGACACAUGAUUUUACUCAAAGAACAGGAAGGCCCAGCCUACAAUUCGUUGUUAUUACAAUAGUUACAUCCCUUUGUCUGGCGAUAUGGCAGUUUUCCCAGUUUUUAUUUGCCACGCAGGUCAUUGCCAUUCUUAUCCUUUUUAUGCUGGGAUUUGUUAGCAGAUUUUCAGCUCUUAUUGUUUUAUCAGGACAAACAAUGGCAGUUUCUUUGACUCUAUUUCUAAUGUUCGGUAAUGAGCUGUUGUUGUCUUCACUGUUAACUUGCCUACUUUUAUCAUCUUUAACAACCCUCAUGUUCCUAUAUCCGAUUUUGUCUGUAAAACAGAACUUCUAUGUACGGAGUGUAUUUACGACUGUUGUUACAUUUUCCUUAGCCAUAGUGCUAAAAACGAGGGCACUGACGACAAAUGAUGAUACGCACAUAAUAAACAUAAUACGUUCCAAAAUAUCAUCGUUUCGUGAUUUCCACACUUUGCUUUAUACCUGUUCGGCUGAAUUUGAUUUCCUCGGAUGGGAGCCUAUCGUCAAACUAACCGAGACUUAUUUGAUACCUCUAGUCAUCACCACGACUAUCGGCUUGUUUUUAUAUUGGGUCGCUUCUUCAAAGUUUCACUCAAUUGACCCAGACGUUGUAUAUAAUUUCCUACAGCUUGGGGCUUUCACAGUGAUGGCGGUCAUGAUAAUGAGGCUCAAGCUGUUUUUCACACCUCAUCUUUGUAUCAUUGCAUCUUUAGCAGCAUCUCGAAAAUAUUUUAAAGUUCUGGAUACAAAAUUCCAUUUUGCACUCUUGGCGCUUUUCAUCGCUUGCAUGAAGUAUAGAGGCAUUAUGAAUCUUGUCGAACAGCACAACAUCCUUGGGGAAUACAGUAAUGUAGAUCUAGAGGAGCUGUUAGGGUGGAUUAGCGAAAGCACUCCACCGAAUGCUGUUUUUGCUGGGCCAAUGCCAAUCACAGCUGCAAUACUGCUUUCAACAAGAAGACCGAUAGUAAACCAUCCGCAUUAUGAAGAUUCCCGAUUAAGGGAAAGAACAAAAAAAGUGUACACUGCUUUCAGCAGAAAACCUCCCGAAGACGUUUUUAAAAUAAUAUCUUCUUUGGAAGUUGACUAUUUAGUAAUUUCUGAGUCAUGGUGCUUUGGCCAGAGCAGAGCUGGUUGUGGUAUGACUGACAUCUGGGAUAUAGAAGAUCCAAAAAACAGAGGUAGGCCACCAACAUGCCAUCAACUCCUCCUCGGAAAUUUCCCAUUUCAUCUUGCAUUUUCAAACGAAGAGUAUGCUGUCUUAAUGCUCCAACCACCGUACGUUGAACUCAAAGGUUUUAACAAAUACUAGUUUAACCUUAAAAAAAAAAAUAUUCCCACUUUUAAAUUCAAGUAAGUGAAGCAAGGUUGUUAAAUUUAAACAAGAGCGAGGGGUUACAUUUUGCCCAUGUUUUUUGGCUAGUCUCUCUAUCUAAGACUUAUUAGAACAAAAAAUAAAAAAAUAUAUUUUUAUAAUGUAUAUCCAUUCUUGUGAAAUGGAUGAAGUGAUAUGUUGUGAACAAACUCGUUUGUUAUUGGUUGUGUGUACUAUCUAUUUCCAGGUUGAUAAAUUUAAGGAAAAAAGAUUAAAUGUUCCAAAAACAAAAAAUCUAGCUUAGCACAUAUGUCAAAUGACUGGAAUAUUUGUAUACAUAUUUUUUUUUUAAGUUAAUAUUUUAAGCAUAUCAGGUAACUUACUGUAUACAAAAACAUUUAAAACUCACAUGGAAUUGAUUUUUAAACUAUUUUUCACCUUUCAAAAAUAUUUUUUAUUUCUUUAUUUUUAAACCUUCUUGCCAAUGAAUGAACAGAAAUUUUAUUUAGGAGGACCAUUCUCGAAUAAAAUCCUUGUGGCAAAUAUGCUCACAACGCCUACUUUUCUAUCAGGAGUCCCCUUUUAUGGGUAAUGCAGUCCGUGGUGUAUGUGAAGGCUUAUCUUGUUCUUUUGGAUGCCUUUACAUAUAUCAAAAGCAUCAUGACCUUUUUAUGGAGAGUGUUUAUUGAGGUCACUAGUUAUUGCACAGUUGUCAUUCUCAUUUUAUGGGUGGGGGUCGACACAAUUAAUACAUAGUCUCUGCUGAAUAACUUGUAGUCAUUGUAGGCAGUUUCAUCAUGCACCUUACAAUCUUGGUUCACUACUAAUCCCAUCUUUUCCUGUUCGGCUAAUGCCCUUUGUCUAAGUUGGCAGUGUGCAUCAGAUACAUUUCUUAAAUUAUUUUUGGAGGUUUUAUAAUGAAAUAUACGACUAUGCUCUUGAUCGUACAGUGAAAAGGAUCAGACAAUGACUGUGAAGAAGACCUAUAUUAAAAUAAAUUUGUUAGAAAAUGUUUACAACAUAUAUUCAGUACCUAAUCCAGGAUGGCUUUGACUUAAGUAAGAACAAUUUAAUGAACCAAUGACAUCAUCUCUGUCUAUGGCCUCAGGCCUGCUGUACUGAGAUCGACUUCUUUACUCACACUUGAUGGCAGACCUGGGCGGCACAUGAGAAGGAAAAUCUGGCGAAAUGCCAACAUUUUCCGAGUCUGCCGCCUUGGGCCUGUUGGUUACAAUUUAUCUCCAGUUGUUGCCCUCUUAUCUUACUCCACUCCACGUUUACUCUUCUUCUUUCCACCUGUUGCAUCUGCUACAUUUCCCCUAUUUUAUCUUUUUUAAAUUCAAAUUCUAUUGAAAUAAAAGCAACCUUCGUCCUCCGUUUGACCAAUUUUGGUCCUGACUUGGGCUACCUUUAUUUUUUAUUAAUUAGUCUUCCUCUCCUUUCUCUGGGGUAUGUACAAUACCUUUCAAUGCUGGGGGGGGGGGUCUUAAACAUUUAACCCCUUUUUUAAUUAAGAGAAUGGUAACGAUCUCUAGCAGGUGGACUCUGUUGUAUUGAGUCAGUUUAAGCCCCUUGACUGACAAUGCAGUCUUUCAAUCCAACAAGUCCAAGCAGCCGAGGAGGUUGUUCUUUUUGGUGGAUAUGCUAAUAAUCUGAGAAGGGGUUAGUUAUUUUACUAUUAAUUUGAAAUGUGGCAAAUAGUUUGGCACAAUUGUAAAUUGAGAUCCAGAUUUUUUGCCAAAUUCGGUAACUCUCCUUUAAUAGUUCCCAGUUAUAACGAUUCGUCUAUCCUGAUGGCUGAGUUAGUGCUAAUUUUCUUUAAUGAUGUACCUCUAAUUGUUUCCAACUAGGAUAAUCUACAACUAUUAUUUGCACAAAAAAGAUGUAUUUGUAUUUUUCUGUUAAAAUUGAUUUUUCAAGUGUUUAAAUAUAAUUAGCAAUUUUUCUGACUUAAAUUGUGAGAUUUCUCCUUAAGGUCUGCAGGGUGAAGAACCUUUUUCUGAUCAUUUUGGUCUGCCUAACCUCGAUGUUUUACCCUUCAAGAGUUGGUUUGUGAAAACAAAAAUUUACACUAAACCACAACUGAACAUUGCAAAAAGUCAAAACGCACCUGACUGAUCAAAACAGACGAUAAAAAUAAUCGGAAAAAACUAAUGCAUAAGUUGCCUAUACUGUCUACCCAGGCAUGAAGUCUCUUGUAAAUGGAUUGAGCUUGUCUUUUUUUCAACAGGCUAGUGUUUUCAUAUUUUUCUGGAAAUAAAUGUUUUUUAUAAAUUGCUCAUUUGAUAAGACUUCAAGGGUUCUUUGUAUGUAAAUUUAUCUUAGCUCUUGAGUUAUUUUUACAUUUUAGCUUUCAAGUAAACGUUCUACUUUGGACAGAUUGACAUAAUUGAACAAACACUAUUUCCGCGUUUACUUGAUUUAGAUAUUAACUUUUGUUUACAAAUGAUCAGAAAUCUUCGAUUUCCUGUUUUGUUGACCUUUGAUUUUGUACUUUUGUUUGUUAACAUUUCAAUUCAAUUAAAACUCAUAUUUUUCUGUGAUAUUAUUUACGUAAUUGAAUUAUUUUUUAAAAUAAAAUUUGUAUUAAUUGCUGAGGAAUAACUAAAGUUUUGUCUACAAUUUCUGAGUUAUUAUAUUAUUUGAGUUUAAAAUUUGUUAAAAAUUUCUUUUGUAAUGAUAUUGGGUUGUACGGAAAUUAAUGCAGGUUUAUGGUUAUAAAAUAAAAACAAAUAAAUGAUUUUAAGCAUUUUUUAUUUAUUAACAUACCUUCUAUAACUUCUCAUAGAUUUCUUCCAACGUGAUAGCAACUUCGCUCUACCCUCUAAAUAGAAUUUUGAGCCUUUAUUAUUAACAAAUUCUGUUAACGCAUUUUCUAACUAUUUUUGACCAAUAAAGUUUGUAUGUUGUAGAACGUUGUCCAAGUGUCUGAAAAAAUGGUAGUAGGUAGGCGAGAGUUCUUGAGAAUAGGGAGGGUGUUGCAGAACCUCAUAACCAACAUCCAACACUUUUCAUGCCACAUGUGAGGCAUGGGUCGUCAAAUUGGCCUUUUCUGAUUUUGGCAUUGAUUGUUCCGGCAGGAUUCAAGAAGUAAAGCCUAAAUGAAGCUCACUACAGUCACCACCACCUUUUUUUGAUGAGUUGGGGACUGCUUCUCCUUUGUC